AUGUCCUACAAGGAAGACAUCGAGAAUGUCUUUUGCGUACUCCAGGAUGCCCACAUUGGGUCCUGGUUCAAGCUUUUAUCUCCUUGCUACAACUAUGGAAAUGGAACUGCCUAUGGGCUUGUCGCACCGAUACCGCCUACCCCUGCAAGGGCUCUAACCGAUCCGUCCAGACAUGUUCUUCAGGUCCUUGUGGUACCUAAGGUGAAUCCCAUAGUAGUCGAGCCAAACCCCCCAAACCCCCAAACAUUCGGAUACAUCGGCAUUCAGACCCCGAAGGGGAAGUCCCUUCUUGGGGACGACGACAUGCGCCCCUCGGAGUGA